CCCGCCUUUAGCCUUUCGCAUUCCUCCCACCCACCUGCGAACCAUAUUCACCAAAAUCACCCAUUGUUCACGACACUUUCCAUUGCGCCGCCGCAGCCAUGAACUGCCAAAGAACAAUACUCAGAGCCGCGAGGGCUAUCCCUCGGCGCAACGUUCGAGCCUUUUCAAACUUCCCCAUCUUCCCCAUUGGAGGAGGAGGAGGAGGCGGCGGUAGCAGCAGCAGCAGCAACAACAGCCCACCCGUUGGAAGCAUCCCCAUGCCUUACAUCACCGAGGUCUCGUCCAAUGGCUGGAGGACAUCCGACAUCUUCUCCAAGCUGUUGCAGGAACGGAUUGUGUGCCUCAACGGCGCCAUCGAUGAUACCGUCUCCGCCUCGAUAGUCGCACAACUGCUGUGGCUCGAGUCCGAUAGCCCCGACAAAGCCAUCACGAUGUACAUCAACUCGCCCGGCGGCUCGGUUUCAUCAGGACUCGCAAUCUACGACACGAUGACAUACAUCAAAUCGCCUGUGUCGACAGUAUGCCUCGGUGCCGCGUCCUCGAUGGCGGCGCUGCUGCUGACGGGUGGCGAGGCCGGCAAGCGGUACGCGCUGCCGCACAGCUCCGUCAUGAUCCACCAGCCGCUCGGCGGCACGCAGGGUCAGGCGUCGGACAUCCUCAUCUACGCGAACCAGAUCCAGCGCAUUCGCCGACAGAUCAACGAGAUCAUGAAGCGUCACGUCAACAAGUCGUUCGGCCACGAGAAGUACAGCCUUGAGGAGAUGCACGACAUGAUGGAACGCGACAAGUACCUGACGGCCGAGGAGGCCAAGGAGAUUGGCGUCAUUGACGAAAUUUUGACACAGAGGGAGGAGAAGGACCAGAAGGAGAAGGAGUCAACCGACGAGCUGAAGACGAAGCCUUGAGCCCAAGGCCGAGGGCGAGCAGUGUCGUCGCCAUGAUCCAAGCACGUCGUGAGUGAGUAGCCCAGACAGGAUGGAGUAGAGGUGCGCUUCACAGGAGCGGGCUAUUACAUAAGAAGGAGUCUGGAGGCAGCAUGCGCGCGUUGUCCGGGUAGCGGCGCCCCACUCUCGGCGGAUUCGGCUUGAAAGGAAAAGCGGGACUCGUCCGGGACCGGAAGCAUUCCGGGCUUAGCGGAAAUAAGUUGCUGGUGAAUUGUUGAGUUGAACGGGGGGAUACUCUGCUAAGUGUGAUGUCCCCUCGUAGAGAUAAACAGCACUAGGAUUGAAAUUAUGUGGGAAUAAGCAAUGAGAAUACUAUCGAC